GUGGGCCCACCGAUGUCGACGAAGGACAAUGUAAGAUUCACGUCUCGCAAACGCUAAGCCCUAUAACCGAGCACACAGACACUCUGUCUCUCCAGUGAAACAGGGAUUUGCAAUUUGGGGGAUUCCCAAACCCGGAAAAGUAUUUACGCUCCCGUGAAUCAAUGGCUGAUCCUGAGUUAGAAGCAAUUCGCCAGAGAAGAAUGCAGGAACUCAUGGCUCAGCGGGGCAUGGGAAAUCAGCAAGGUUCUGAACAGCAGAAGGCUCAGGAGGAGGCAAAGAGGGAGGCUGAGGAGCGAAGGCAAAUGAUGCUUAGUCAGAUUUUGUCUGCUGAAGCACGAGAAAGACUUGCCCGAAUUGCUCUAGUUAAACCUGAAAAGGCACGAGGUGUUGAAGAUGUUGUACUAAGAGCUGCUCAAAUGGGUCAGAUAGUUGAGAAGGUUUCUGAAGAGAAGCUCAUUUCAUUGCUGGAACAGAUAAACAACCAAGCAACCAAACAGACAAAAGUCACUAUCCAGAGGAGGCGGAGUGUUCUAGAUGAUGAUGAUUAAUUCAUAUAUGUAAAUGUGUGUACCGUUGCUUAUUGCAUGCAUGGAAAAAUUAUUUUGAGGGUUGUGUUGUACUCAAAGUAUAUUCUUUGGUGGCUUUGUAGUCUCAAAUUUCCUCUUUGUCCUAUCAUUCUAUAGCAAGUACACUCUUUGGCUUGAGUGUUGAA